AUGGAGAGUGAGAUUCAAGAACGGGAGGACGUGAUGGUGUCGAAUGCUGCUCAGAGGCCCCCUUCUCCCUCAGCCUUCUUUCUGAGCUCAUGCAGCAAGCAGGCAUCUGCCCAGCUGACCAUCACCUCCAUCCCUCCCCGGGCCAUGGAAGGGGGAAACAUCACCUUGUCAGUCCAGGGGCUCCCUCAGAAUCUCAUCUCCUACAACUGGUUCCGAGGAGCAGCCACUUCCCAGGAUACCCGGAUCCUCAAUUUUAAAUUCACCAACCACGCCCUCACUCCAGAACCAGCCCAUAGUGGCCGGGAGACAGGCAGUGCUGAUGGGUCUCUGACCGUCACUGACGUGCGAGUGUUGGACAGUGGCAUCUACACGCUGCAGCUCAUCUCUGUGGACAGGACCAGUGGCCAUUACGCUAUGCUACUUCUCUCUGGGGCAUUCCUCUCUGGUGGCACAACUAGCAGUAGUAAGCAUUUAUUAAUUGCUUUCUGUGUACCUGGUGCUAUUCUGUACCCUCUGGAGAUAGGUUGCCACGGGGAGAGGAUUGGGAUGCCCAGACAUUUAAGAACCUCUGCAGUGGAGUGGGGGGUUUCCGAGGCCUCAGGGCAUUUCCUGCUCCUGAUAAUUUCUGGAACCCUGGGUGCCCUCCUGCCCUUGGCACGCUCUGGUUCUCCUUUCUCCUCCCCAGAGAAGCUGCAGCAGCCCCAGGUGGCCGCCCAGAACCUGGCCCCAGUGGAGCACAUGGACUCCUUGCAUUUGACAUGUGUCUCCCCAAACAAUGAUGUGACCAUCCGGUGGUUUCAGAACCUCGAGGUGAUUCAGGAAGGAGAUGGGUCAGCAGUCUCCACGGAUGGCAGGGUCCUCACCAUCCCCAGAGUCACACGAAAUAACUCUGGCACCUACCACUGCGAGGCCAGGAACCACUUGGGAUCAAGGCUCAGUGAAGCCCUCAUGGUUGGCGUGACCUCUGGUGAAUUUGGGCAAAUCGCUUCCCCCUUCUGUGCCUCGGUUUCCUCGUCUACAAAACCAUUUUCUCGUGGUCCAGAUGGCCCUGACACCCCCACCAUGACCUCACCAGACCCAGAUUUUGUGAUUGGUUCUAACCUCACCCUGAUCUGCCUGGCCGACUCCCAGCCCCCUGCCCAGUACACGUGGAGCAUCAGUGGGGUCCCCGGGCCCAAGGGUCAGACCCUCUUCAUUCCCAGUCUCUCCAGGGCGCACUCGGGGAUCUAUACCUGCAAGGCUUCAAACUCCAUAUCCGGCUUGCACAGCAGCGUGGACAUCAGCAUUAGCAUCUCAGGUACCGCUAUGGUCUGA